AUGGAAAAAUAUACAGAUUGGAGAGAUAAAGGUACUGGCAUUGCCCCAUUUUUACCAUCUGCCAUAAAGGAACCUAAUUUGAUUGAGUGCAUACUCUAUUCUGUCGUUUUGCUGGUCAAAGUUAUUCUAACCUCUCCAAUAAUUUUUCUGUACCUUCUAACCAAGAAUAAAUUAUUAUUGGCUGUGUUAUUAAAAGUAUUAUUUAGCUGGAAAGAUGAGGUUGCUGUGCAAGGUGUAAAAAGAAGUGAAGUGAAUCCACAAAAGCAUUAUCCAAAUAUCAAUGUUUUAUAUUUUGCAAAUAUCACAUCCAUAUUAGAUGGUAUAUUGUUAACUUUAAUUGCACAAAGAAAUAAAGUGAUAUUUUGUGUGCCGGAUGAAUCAACAAUUUAUAUAUUGAAUUUGGUCCAAUUGAUUAAAUUUAUUGCAAACGAUUCUCUGAAUGUCAAAGAAUAUGGAAAAGAGGUUAAUAAUUUGGCAGAUUAUAACGAUUCAGUAAUUUAUAUGUUAGCCGAAGGUACAUGUUCUAAUGGUAAGAGUGUUUUACCAUUUAACAUGAAACAAACAGUGUUGGAUGAGAUAAUAGAGUCCAAUAAGUUUGACAUCAAAGUCAUUCAAUUAAAAGUUAAUAGUUCUUUGGUCACACCGCUAGGUAUCAAUUCCACGUUCAAAUAUAUUAUAAAAUGUUUAUCGAAAGGUAUUAACUAUAAAUGCAGGAUGAAUGACGUAUCUUUGAAACCAGAUUUAGAUUUAAUAAGAGUCUCAUUAUGUGAUGGAGGAAAGUAUAAAUUAAUAUCUAAGACUUUGGAUUUGAAUGCUAAAAGAAAGUUCAUCAAGGAAUACAAUAAUUAUAGACGUAAAUAG